GAGGUUGCCAGGCAACGUUGCAACGAAAAAGUAUUUUCAUAACAUUCUUUUGACAAGUGUCAAAUGAGCAGGUGUUCUCGUAAAACCGGAUUAAUUUGAUUUUAAGGCCAAGAUGAGAUUUAUUCCGCUCCAUACGACAAACACGGCGAUCGUGUACAAGAACUCGCUGUGCUCCUUUGCUUCCCUCUUGGUCCUGGCUUUUGUGGCACUCUCCGUGAUGCUACCCGUUCUUCUGGUGUCCUUGCUGAGUCCAUAUUCGGGGAUAUCUGAAUCGAGGGUCUUAUACGAACAGCCGAAUGUGGAGUUCACUUAUGAGUAUAUAUUCGUGGGUACAACGGAACCAGGAGAAUAUGAAGAGGAGGAAUCUCUAGUUGCCUGCAGCAGUUUCAGCAAUUUCAACGCCCGAAUGGAGAGUUACACAAAUAGUUGCACCACCACCAAAUAUUGGAUUGAGGAUGUGGACUACGAUGGCGUCACGGAUCGGGCACAUUUUCAACUGGAACUACAAGAUGUGCCCGCUCGUCUGCUGAGCUUCAAUUUGCUGGUCUUCUUCGAAGCUAAACUGCAACACAAGUGUGAUCUUUCCCCUCCGUCAGUGUUGGCCCAUCAGCUUCAGCUUCCACUGGCCACUCGCCUCAUAAACGGACACAUUCAGCUGAAAGGAGAGCUUCAACUAAAGCAGUACGUGGAGUUCACCUGCCCAUUUCCAGGACGCAAUAUCAAGACUCAGUUCCGGAAGGUGCAAGUCGAUAAAAAUUCUACUACAGGGAAUAUAGACCAGUUUAAAAUGGAAUCCCUGCUGUCCCAAGUCAAGGCCAAUCCUGCUUAUUUCCAGCUGUCCGUGCAGGAGACAUACUACAGAGAGGCUUCAUCUCGUUUGGAACCCGGACUCAUCAUCGAACUUGAACUGGAUGUACUCCAAGUUCCCGCACGUUAUCAUCUCAGCAUUUGGGAACGUCUUGGCCAAUUCUGGCUGUACUUUGCCUCCUUUUUCGGCAUCUCGUUUUACAUAAUGAACAAGCUAAAGGACUUUCUCUUCGGACGCCAUAUCGUGCGAUCCUGGGAGAUCAUACCCUGGAAGAAGCUCUACUGACACGAAUCGGGAGCCAUUCUGGAGAUGGACAACUUCUCGAUUGGCGAAUGAUUCUAGGCUGCCUAUUGUGGGAUUUCCAAUGCAAGUUCAUUGUCAGUCAAAUAAUAAAUAUAACAAA